CUGAGAGAAGGCAGUUGCUCGCGUAUGGCCGGGUCUCUACACGUGUUUUUCCACAUGGGCAUUCUAACCUCUGUCUUCUUAUUUACACAUUAAAAACAUGAAGUAGAACCAGUGAAUUGUUAAAAAUAAGUCAAUCAAACAGUUCAGAUAAAAUGAAGGUGAAAACUAAACUGCAUCAAUCGAUAAAAACUGAAAAUGAAUCAGCACACGAGGACUCCGAUGCUGAAAAUACGUCCCUCGAAAGUUCGAUAUCUGAAGACAACGAAGAUAUCAAUGAAACUUCAUUUCAUCCAGGACAAUUCGUCAGGAAACGUCCUCUUGACGACGAAGACUCUCAUCAGGACAACAAGAAAAAAAUAAAAAAGAAUAAUGACCUGUACAAGGCUCCAACAGCCGAAGAAUUGUCUCAACUCCGAGAAACCGAAAAUUUAUUCCACUCGAAUCUCUUUAGACUUCAAAUAGAAGAAAUCCUGAGUGAAGUGAAACUUAAGGAAAAAUACAGAAAGGAAUUUGACGUAUGGUUCGCCAAACUAAAGGAGAAUAUCGAGUCAAUUCCAGAAACCAAAGAGCGAGAGUUGACGAAGAAAAAAGCAUUGAAAAAACUGGGAGUACAGAUCCCGGAGUUUAAUGUCCCUAUCAAUGAGAAGGGGACCUACAGGUUCCUGAAGCCGUCAAACAUAUCACCAAUCGGUUCGUACUCUCUAGGCACUGCAGUGGGUCCUAACGUUGUUAUAGACGUCAUGGUGGAGAUGCCCUCCAGUUUAUUCCAAAAGCACGACUACCAGGACUACAGGUAUUUGAGAAAACGAUCGAUUUAUCUGUCGUACAUUGCUGCAAGCCUCCCUGACUCCCUUGUUGAGAAGAAAAACUUUUUUGGAGAGAGCUACAUGCCAGGGCUGAAGGUGAUUCCCGCUGGAUCACUCAGUAAAAGGAUUAUAGUUCACCUUCACAUAGCUGCAGAGAGAAACAGCUUCAAACUGGGUAGGUUUUCUCCAGAGAAGAACUCAGUCCGGCCCAACUGGCUUUUCAAUUUGAAUAAUAAUCCCUCGGAGGUCCCCACACUCCCACCAACUCCUCUGUACAACUCCAACAUUCUUCGUGACCUAACAAUGUCAGAAACCAACUCAUAUGCCUCGAAAAUUGUGGAAGAAUACCCAAACCUGAGGGAUGGGAUUAUUCUCCUGAAAAUAUGGCUGUUCCAACGUCAACCGGAGAAAUCCUAUGAGGGGUUCAAUGGACACAUUCUAACGAUGUACGUGCUCCAUCUUCUAUACGCCAAGAAACUCAACACCUUCAUGAGUAGCUACCAAAUUGUCCGGAACGUCUGGAAUAAUCUGGUCCAGACGAAUUGGUCAGAGACUGGGAUCACGAUGUGUUCAGAUAUUGAAGCGCAAUCCAGAGUUAUGGAAUAUCAUAAUUAUUACGAGUGUGUAUUCCUGGAUUCCAGUGGUUACCACAACCUGGCUGCCAACAUCACUGCUGAUAAUUAUCUCUGGAUUCGUAGUGAGGCUGAAGUGGCUGUCAGGUUUCUGGAUAAUGCCAAUAUCGACAGCUUCCAGGCGCUGUUCAUGAGACGACUCCCCUUCUACUCUAUCUUCGAUCAUUUCAUUUGCCUGCACGAUCUCGAUGUCCUCGAAAAGCUCUCGGAAACUGUCCCUGAGGACAAGAGGAUAGACUUUGGAGUUUACGCUCGAUCGCGUGUCGUCAGUCUGAUCACAAAAGUCUUGAAGAAGGGCCUGGGGCAGAGGGUGGCACAAAUGUACGUAAAACCUGAGGAAUACAAGGAGUGGGAAUUGACAGAGAACGCACCGUCGAAACUCAACAGAAUCUUCAUUGGAUUCCAGCUGAACCCAGACUUCUGUUUUGACAUUAUUGAUAAAGGACCUGAGGCAAAUGCGCCUGCAGCUGCUGAGUUCCGAAACUUCUGGGGGAACAAGUCAGAGCUCAGGAGAUUCCAGGACGGCUCCAUUUGCGAGUCUGCGGUCUGGACCAAAUGCUCUACAAUCUCCGAUAAACGUAUGAUCACAAAAACGAUUGUGUUGUUUCUGCUAAAAGCAAAACUAAAUAUAUCUAAAUCGGAAUAUUUCUACGCUGGAGAUCAGACCGACGAGUUCCUCAAAUACAAAAAAACAAACUUCAGUAAAUCUUCGUAUGGAACUGGGGAGGAGAUGACUCUCCAAGCUCUCCAGGUCUUCAACUCUCUGGAGAAGGAGCUAACAUCGUUGACAGAGCUCCCAUUAUCGAUUACAGGAGUUCAAGGGCUGAGUGCAGUGUUCAGGUACGCUGAUGUCUUCCCUCCCCUCGCGACAGCAUACAAAGUAGACGCGAAAACAACACAAGGGAAGAACUGUCUUCUCCUCAAGGAGUCAUACCUCGAGGAAGCCCCUGCCUCAGCCCCAGCGAUGGAGGGAGUCAUCCAGUUAUGUGCCAGUGGCAAGUGGCCGGAUGAGCUCGAGGCUAUCAGGAUGACGAAGGCAGCGUUUCACAUUCAGAUAGCUGAAUGUGUCCGGAAGACAUUUAAUCUUCAAGCGAAAGGGAAUCGCGAUCACGUGGACAUCUUCAAGGAUGGAUUCGUGUUUAGACUAAGGGUAGCACAUCAGAAGGAGAUAGCUUUGUUGAAACAGCAGUUGGGAGAGGAUGGGGUCAUCAAGUACAGAGACAACGAGGAGUCGAUCUCACUGGAAAAUCACUUGUUUCAUCUUCCCAAGUUGAAUGGUGCACUGCACGGCCUGCACUCCCAACAGCCCGCUUUUGGACCCACGUGUUGUCUAGUGAAGAGAUGGCUUGCUGCGCAUCUCCUCGACGCCUUCCACUUCCCGGAAAUUGUGGUGGAGCUGCUGGUGGCUGCAUUAUAUCUCAAUCCGGACCCUUACAAGCCUGCUCAGGCUCCCCAAGCUGCCUUUCUCCGGAUCCUGGAGUACUUCGCAAGGGAUUCGUGGAGCACUGAUCCUGUGAUUGUUAAUUUCAAUGGAGAGAUGACGAGGGAGGAAGUUGUAGCGGUGGAAAAUCACUUCGGAGAAUCCAGGGAGAAACUACCUCCUCUAUUUAUUUCCACGCCGUACGAUCAUGCAAAGUCCAUUUGGACUAUCAAAAAUCCUACGAGGCUGGUCCUGAAUAGGGUGGGGGCACUGGCAAAGGAGGUGUUGAAACUCGUAGAGAGGAUGUUGGCCCAAAACUCAGUAAUCGUCUGGGGACCGAUGUUUAAAGCCACUACUGUUGGGUAUGAUAUUCUUAUUCGUAUCAAGGCCGAGCUGAAUCCAAGGAGAUUGCAGUCUCUCGAGCUGGACGAUAGCUGUCCUCAAGAAUUCCGACGGCCAUACAAAUCACAUCCUAACGCCAAAAUUCCGAUUGUUGGGUUCAAUCCAGUGGAGAAGUAUUUGGAAGAGUUGAGGGCUAACUACGGUGCAUUCGCUUUAUUCUUCCACGACACAUACGGGGGAUCUGUGAUAGGUGUCCUGUUGAAGCCCGUAGAGCUGGUGAAAAGAGACUUUAAAGUUACAGAGGUAAACUGCAGAAAGAUCGAUACCUCCGGAAAACUCGUGUUGAAUGUACCAGCCAUGAUCGAGGAUUUCUCACUCCUCGGUCGUGGCCUAGUUGAAACUAUCGAUGUACAGACGAAAAACCUCGCAUUCGAUUGAAUGCGAUCAUUUCAAUUGUUAAAUAAUAAAAUGAUUACGAUGUAUUUUUAUAAUUCAGGAGAAUGAAUUGAUGGAAUAAAAAGAAAUAAAAGCCAAGGA